GAGAGGGGCUAGUGAAACGGGGAUGUAGAGGGUGGUUUAGGGUGAAGCGCAGGAGAACCGAGAGAGAGAGAGGAUUCAGAGGGGUGAGUCGGUGCGCUCGGUGGGAGAAACAGGAGACCCGGGCAGUGCAAGCCGGGCAGCCUGCGCGAUGAUAUCGUUGUUCUGGAUAUUACGAGUAUCCGAGCACGUGUAUUCAUUCCGGAGGGGCUGCUGAGGGCGAGAGCGCGCCUGAAAGAACGCACGCACUUCCCCGCUCGGAAGCUUCCGCAGCUUUCAAGUAACAGAUCACCCGGCGUUUUAUUUCCCGGGGGAGAUUUUCCAUGGUAUCCGGCAUAAAACAAAUCAAAGUUCGUGGGAAUGUGUAUCUGGCAGGAGGGUGAGCCGAACGGCUCCGCGUUUUAUCAAUCCCCGUUGGAACGUUCCUGCUUUUGGUACGUCGCGAACGCAUUGUGAAGAACGGGGAACGCGAGGGACGCGACAGCAUCUGCUCCGAGGACGACUUUAUGCCGAUAAUCAGAGCCGGAUACCAGAACGCCAAAAAGGGCGCAACCGGAGGCUAAAAAGAGUACUUCCGUUUCUGCCUACCAGAGUCCAGUUAGACCAUCGCCACCAGGAUGUUGCCUGCGAACGUGGUUUCCUUUGUCAAAAAGAUGGUGACGACGCAACCAGAUUCCGGAACAACCGGAUCGGAUCCGUCGGAUGAGGGUGGCACCACCUUCAGCAAAUGGAGGCAGCUGGGAAGCGACGUGAUACGGGAUGUCACAAAAUUUGGCCCGGCUAAAGUCACUCCAGUUGAAGAAACUCAACCCAAAGAAGAGACGACGACAGAAAUAAUAAAUAAGACUGUGAAGACGAAAACCGGGGACGAUUGCAGAGUGUGCCGGAAAUCGUUCACGGCAGACGAAGCUUCCAGAAUUUGCUGCGAGUGUCAACACAAAGUUUGCGAGGACUGCGCCUGCUAUUCGACAACAACAAAUUCCGACGAUCCGUCGUCUUGGCGGUGCAGCGUGUGCCGGCGAAAACUGGCGUCACGGGACCAGCCGAUCGUCGCGCAGGAGUCGACCGAUUCUCUGCUCGAAGUGCCGAUUCUGGGUACUCAGCAUAGAAGGCACAGCGACGUGAGAAUCUGUCAGAAGAAGGGUAGUAAUAUCGGUAGCCUCGGUUCCGGCCUGGCGCCGCCGAGAAGUCCUGAGAUAAGAAGACACUCCGAUGUAUCGCCUGCGAGUCUGAAGGAGCUCGAGAAGUUUCAAAAGGUUGCAGGAGAACGCCGUGACGAGCUCAGAUGGGAAAAGGAUCUGGAGCGGAACAUCAGGUCCAGGGCGACAUCUCCGGACCGGCACCAGGUCGAUAGGGGAAGGGCCACCAGUCCCCAGAGAGUGGCCGUUGUUCCGUCUUCCAUCGCUGAGCCGCCAGAGACCUUGGACCCGGACGAGGAAGAGGAACGGCGAAGGCAUACUCGUCGCGCAAGUACCACAGCUCACGUUAGGACUCGAAUGACCAGGCAAAGAUCGUAUGACGACGAGAUGAAGAGUAUAGCGAUGUCCGGGGGCGGUGGGCAGCACGGGCAUCCAGAGCCAGGGCUGGGACUUCCGGUGCAGCUACCGAGGCGGGCAUCAGCCUACGACGUGUACGCCACGCCAGGAGUCGGUGGACUCAAUGCGAUGGCCAUCGCUGCUGCCCAGCAAAGAGCAUCGAUCUCGGGGCAAGGUGGCAGGAAACCAGAGGAAAGACCGACUGGUCGUAGAUCAUCGUUUCGCGGGAAGCCGGUGAUGCCGUACGAAGUCGGAGCUGAAGAUGAAACUAGAAUGAACUUGGAAGCAUCCCCUGUGCCAGUGGUCUCACCGAAGGUGGUUCCAGCACCCGUUCUGGGACCGGACGAGGAACGACGCACCAGGCGAAGGGGCUCCCAAUUACCGGAUAUAAACGCGAUAAAGGGAUUGGUAUCCUCCGGCCCACCGGUGGCAGCAAAAGUGGCACCCCCGUCAGUUGUGAAUAGGGUUGCAGCUGAAGAUCGUGAACUGGCCCGACAAGGAAGUCUCGUGGACGGGGAAAGCAUCAAGAUCGUCAUUCACCACGCGGACAACGACAUGACGCCAUGGGCAAACGCGAAGAGGAGAGUAGUUAAGUUGAGAAGAGAUCCGACUUUGGACAAGGGCCAUAGAACUGCAGCUUUCGGUCUAAGGGUAGUCGGCGGUAAAACAGGGACUGAUGGACGUACUUUUGCAUACGUGAUGUGGACCGUGCCAGAUGGACCAGCGGCGAAGGCCGGUGUGCAACGCGGCGACAAGGUACUCGAAUGGAGCGGGAUGUCUCUGAUUGAUCGGAGCUUCGAGGAAGUCGCUCAAAUAACCGAACGGUGCGACGAUAUUGUCGAGUUGGUAAUCGAGCACACGGAUCCCGGGGAUUUGCCAGAGGAUUUAGCUGCGGUCUCGUCGUCUGGGAAAGGGCCUGGAAAUCUGGGACUGCUGAUGGAAGGGGAAACGGAUAAAACGCUCUCGUCACCGACGCGCCGGAAACUACCAAAGACGCCGGAACAAAUCGCGAAGGAGAAGCAGGUGUCGGGCCGGGUGCAGAUUCAAGUGUCGUACGAGGCCGAUCGAAAGGAGCUGAUCGUUUCCGUUUUUAUGGCCGACGAUCUGUGCGCCAGGGAGGACACGGGAUACGGCUCAUUGCCGGAAGCGUACGCUAAAUUGGUCCUCCUACCGAUUUGCGCCGAUCAAACUACGUUGAAAACAGUGGUUGCGGAGCCUAGUCAAAAGCCGAUUUGGAACGCUACGUUACUUUUCUCCGGAGUCGACGGAGAGAGCUUAAUGAAGCGCGCGAUAGAAGUUACUCUCUGGGAUUUCUGUCCCGAUGGUGAUAACGUCUUUCUCGGCGAGUGCAAUGUCGAUGUGCAAGGAGCUCUCGAAAAAGACCGAGCGGUUUGGUAUCGGUUGGAAGAUCCUCGCGGGCUCCGGGCGUCCAAAUCACCGUACUGUUCACCCCGCAGCUCUUUCUCUAUGGAGAUUGCCCAAAGGUUACUGCGGAAGACCGAACUACGUGAAAGAAGUUACAGCGACGAUACACAAAGCGACAGCGGAAGUCCCGAGCUCGGAUUCCUGCAUCCGGAUCACGCUUGGCAUGCAAAUUCAAGGAGAGGUUCCAGCCAAUCCGAGCAGCUAGAAGUAGAACCGUACGAACUCAACAGAGAUUAUAGCAGGUCUUUGCCUGGUAGCAGGAGGAGCAGUUUCCAGAGUCAAGGUGGCACUGACAGUAAACGUGGAAGUAUGGGCGAAACAGAAAGUUCGGCUGCAAUGCACUAUAUCCGGGACCGAAGACGGAGCUCGUUCACCAGGCCGAUGAGGGAUCCCGAGGAGAUCCUCGAAGGGUUACGUUCGUUGAAGGCAGCUAGAAGGGAACUCGGCAGGACGAUGAGUCUCACGGGAGAUAAGAGACGCGAGACCCGGCGGGGUGAGCGCAAGGACAGCGUCAUAAAUAUUCCGGACAGAUUUUACGAUCGCAACAGCGAAUCGGACGAGGAGGAAAAAUGGAGUCAGCUAGCGAGAAACGAAAAUGGUGUUGACGCGAAGCUGGGUCGCGGACAGGUGCCACCGAAGGGAUUCAAGAUAAUACCUGGAGCUCAGAACGGUGAGGUGAAACUAGGUUUCUGCCUAAGCAAGGGAACGUUGGAAGUCGAGGUAAUCUGUGCCAGAGAUAUUUGUCCUGGUGAGAAAGAUGAACCAGACACGUACGUAAAGACGUAUCUUCGUGACGGCGAGAGGUGGCUGCAGAAGCGUAAGACCCGCGUGAUAAGACACUCGAGGAACCCGCAAUACCGUCAGACCAUCAAGUACAACAGCUGCGAUGCGCUCGGUAGAAAUCUACUGGUGAUGCUGUGGGAGAAGAAGCAGGCGUUCGAGAGUAAUCAGGGCUUAGGCGGGGCCGAGGUGUGCCUCGAUCAUCUUCCAUUGACACGAUUAACCGUCGACUGGUACCCGUUGUACCCGAUCCACACUCUGGGCACCCAAACCGCGGACAGUCCAUGAUGGCUCAGGGAAAAAUGGGCCCUCGAAGCUGGAGAGCUCGAUCUCAGGCUCAGUCUUCUUCUAAAGGACGAAGACGAGCCUACAGUCAAGAUUUUCUCUUGAUGGAACCAAGCUCAGUAAACGACCCCUAUUCUAUUAACCUCGUUACUUCGUCUUAAAUGACUUUUAGAGAGAUCUAUGCUGUAAACGUUUCGAAUCUGUUUCCUCGUUACAAUUUUCUACAUUAAUCUUUAAUUGAGUUUCUCUCUUGACCUUUUUAUUUGGUGGUGAUCACACCUGGGCUGUAGUCCGAAAAGAUACAUCUAGCGCACAAACUGAGACUAUUUAGAGGAUUAAAUAAGUCGUUGGAUUUUGGAUAUUAUUUGGAUAAAUGACAAACAUGAAAUACCUUGUAUAGUGUACUUUAUAUAACUGCUGAUCGAUUCCAAUUUAUAUAUCUUUAAUCUUACACGAUAAAUAUGUUAUCUGUUUCAAUAUAUUUUUACCGAGUUUUAUAAAUAUCACUUUUGAAGUUCAUCGUUUUAAAGUCAAUCGUUUCAAAUUCACCGUCGUUUAUUCUAAUGAUUCGAUACAUCAUCAUCGAUACAUCAGAAUUACAGUUGCAUUAAGAUUUUCGGGUAAAAUGUCCUAACUGAACGUAAAGGUAAAGAAUGAUGGACUGUUAAGCCUGCUAAUAAAAUGAGAAAUACCCCAGGCUGUGGCUGUCAUUACUGAUGGAUAAAAUUUAUUUAACGAAAACUUUUUAACAAGAAUUAAACCGAUUAAAACUGAAAUUCUGUUGUAUCGACAAGAUUUAUGCAUUUCAAUUCUAGAAUUUUAUUGAAUGUCGCAAUAUUGAGCCGAAUGACAAUCAAACUCUGACCACUCCAUUUGAUGAUUUACCGUCCCGGCGGUUAACGCUAUAGCUACUUUCCGAUCAAGUUUCACGUAUCGAUUUUAUACGAUUCUCCAUGCUUCGUUCCUAGAACGACAGAGAAGAAUCGAAAAAUAGAAGAUUGACCGGUUACACUUCGAAGAACCGAAUUCUCACUAUUUCGGUCCAGACCUCAAUUCGUUUUGCGAAUGUCCAUCAAAUUUGUAGCAAUAAGGAUGUACCUGCUGGUAAAACCUAUAGCGUUUUGCAGAUUACGUACGAUCUAUGAAACGGUACUAACGUGGAGAAAAACAACGUAAAGAGAGAUUCUAUUUUUUUCAUUAAGAUGAAAGAGAAUAUAAAAAUGAAACACGAACAAUGGGGUAGGGGAAUGAAGAAUGUCACAUCUUUUAAAGAGACGACGAGGGUCCAUUUUUCCCAUAAAUUAAGGCUCGGCGAGAAAUGAAACGAGAGACGAUCGACAUCUGACGCGGUAACACGUGCUCUGGUUGAUCCAGCUCCGGGAUUCGAUCGAGUCUCGUGGCCAAACCAAUUUGCAUUCGGUGAAUUAAAAUAUACGCUAAUGUUCACCAAUAAAAUAUGUACGUCGUUAGAUAGUUUUCUCGUCGAUGAGGCGUCUCAGAUGAAGCGACACCUUCCAGAAUCAGCCGGGCGAAUACAAUCAACGAUUUCGUGAUAGCUAAUCGCGCAAAGAAUUUUUCUAAACAGGAAUUUCAGAAGGGGAUUUAAUAAUAGGGAAGAAACAUAAAUCGAUGAGACGAUUUCUUCGACGUUUUAAUUAUUUAACGACAAACAAUCGUUUAAAGGCUUGCUGGUCGAGCCGAACACGAAAAGCAAUGGGUACACAAGUGAUCACCGGUACGACUUAACGGGCGACAUGAAUGAUAAUUGAAACAAACAAAAAAAUUAUCAAAACUCGGUGUUUAGAAGUCAAACAAUUUUUGUAGCUCGUAGACUGACAACAGAGAUUCCUUUCACACUCGUGAAUUUAAUACGAAGUUCCCGGAAGAAAAAAAGAAAAAAAAAAGUGAAAAUAAUAUCACGAGGGCUACCACAAUUUUGUCAUCUUCUCCGUGUUCCUAUUCUUCCUUAUCGUUAAUGAUGUAAAAGAUUGUUCCAGCACAGUCCUCGAUGACGCUGAAAACAUUGUAGCUCCGCUGAAGAUUUCAGUCCGUUCGCGUUCUUAAUAAAAUGUCAUGGUGGCCCUUGUAAUGUUAACGUUAAUUAAACGUCCCAUUCUUUCGCUCAACGAGACGUUGUAACGAGCAUGGAAAGAAUAUUCGAAUGAAGAAGAAUCUUUUCAUCAAAGAUCAUCUGAAUCUUUAAAUAAAUGUCGUUAAAAUGUAAAAACGAUGUAAGAAGGAAGGAAAAGCGAAAGAAUGGGAACGUGAGAAAAAUGAUUGUGGACGAGAAACUGUCCGUGAGUAUUGCGCUUAUCCCGCCGGAGCUAGAAGCAGAUUAAAAGAGAUACACUAUAUCGUAAAAUGUAAAUCUAAUCGGUACAUGUACUAUAUUGAGAUGAUAUAAUAUGUGUGACAAAACCAGAACUCGUGUGCGCGAACAAAUACUUUUACGAGAUUAAUGCUAGUUCGAAUGUCAUACCUACACGUAUUAAUGGUACAUAGAAAUCGAUGAUAUUGCUGACCAACAAUCCUAAUCGUGGCCAGAUUUAAUCUUUAUCGGGUGCAACGAGUUUUCUAACAAAAGAAGGACGAAUUCUGAUUAAUUUUAACUAACAAUUUGCUGACCCAUAUUCUUUUUGAAUAACAGUUAUUGGGUGCAAUCAGUGCAAUAUUCCAAGUUCGAACUAAAAAGGAGAAUUUUUAUUUAUAUGAACAGUUCAAUUUUCAUUUAUAUAUAUUGAUAUAAUAUUAGAAUGGAUGAUUAAUGAGAAGCUCCUGAUGAAUCAAUUUUUUGAAAAUGUACUACAAUUCUCGUCAGAUUUUUAAUUUCUAAUAUAAUUGUCACGUUGAAUAAUUAGGUUUUCAUUAAAUCGAGGAAAACUUCACGAAGCAAUAACCGACAAAAGUAUGGACCAUUUAAACAAAUUUCGUGGACGAUAAAGAUUAAUAUCUGUCGAGACCGAAGCAUAUUACGCGUUAUAAUUAUCUUGGACGAUGACCUUCUCCCAGCAAGAAACGGAGAAUAGUUUUGAGAGGGAAAGGAAAACUAAAGAGAAACAUUGUCCCGCGAUAAUCCGCAAUCAGAAUUUUAUAAGUACACAAAUGCUCGGGUGUAACGAGACUCGUACCUCACUACUACUAUCAAUCUCGAAAUUCUUCAAAGCGUCUUUCUCUAAGAAGAUCCUUUACUCGAUCGUUAAUUAAUAACGAUUCCUUCUAAGAACUCGACUCUUGCCGCGUUUUACUGGAAGCAGGAAAGGAGUGACGAUUUUUUACAGUCUAAAAUCACGGAUUGUUCGACGGUGAUGAUUCUAUUAGAAACGACAGGGGGAGAAUCAUGGAAACGAAUAAAACGAAACGAACGCUCGUACAGACCGUUCGAAACGAAAAAUCUGAUCGGCCUACAAACAUAUCCAAACGUUUCAUUAAGAGUACAUUAGACGCGAAGAUACUUUCGGCGAGGGUCGUCGGCUACGCACCGGCGUGGCUCCCGAAAUGACAUUGUUCGCGCUCGAUGUUCAAUCGCAUGGACAAUCCUGUUGAACGAAUGCAAUCAUCUAAAAAAAGAAUCUAAUAAAAAUGGGAGGUUCUUCCUUUCUAAGUGGCUUAGCACGUCGUAGGCAGUACGUACUAGAUUUCGAUGCGACCUAUUUAUUAAUCAAAGCUGUCGCUGAAUAUUUUCGCUGGUAAGACCGCGUUUAUUACCGAUGACAUUUCAUAUUUCUCUCUCUAUGCUCAAGUUUCGAUUCAACCAAAGGCCUUCUGUUCGUCUCGAAGCUUUGAUUCUAGUAGAAUUAGUAUUAUACUGAUUCUUUUUAGUUUCUGACGCUUACGUGAUAUAAUCAUCGGAAAAUAUUUACCUGUACUUAUGCAGAGUGUUUCACUCGCUUUUGAUAUCUUGCUUCUCUCGCUUUUAAUGCUCGUGAUGAAAAUUUUUUUAGAAUAGGCUCGAAUGAAAAAAGGAAUACUUGUACAAAAUUU